CUGAAUCCCUCGCGCGCUUGGCACGGCGCCGCGCACUCUAGCCUCUGUGUGUAGUAACCCGGAGCAGUAGAGCUCUCAGCUAGACAUGGCGGCGGAUCUUAAGCCGGACUGGCUUUCUUGCCUUCCUUCUUCUUGGAGUUAUGGGGUGACUCGGGAUGGACGGAUAUUCUUCAUCAACGAAGAAGCAAAGAGUACAACCUGGUUACAUCCUGUCACUGGAGAAGCAGUAAUCACGGGGCACAGAAAAACUCCAGAUUUACCAACAGGCUGGGAGGAAGGAUACACAUUCGAGGGCGCUCGCUGCUUCAUCAAGUGCAGUUGGAGGAACAGGUCUUGUGGCUACAAUCCGGGUGCAUCCCAAAAUGCCUGAUCAUGCAAAUCCUUGCAGAUUUAUAUCAAGAAGAUUCUCGUGGACAUGUUGAUGUGGACAGUAAAGUAUCUUGGCGCAGGUUUUCUGUCUCCAAGCUCAAGCCCAGAUAAGCCCACAAAACCCAUUCUACAAAAUGAGAAAAGUGAACAAGUAAUAGAUAUCUUACCAUUGGAAUACUGUCUACAAAAAAUGAUCUGCAUCAGUUCAUCUGCCUGAUUUGGUUGUGUGUGAAUGUCUGUAUUAAUGAUCUAUGGCCCCUCCAAAGUGAUUCUCAGGAAGUGAGAUCAGAGGGGCCAGAGGUAACACAAUCAUCUGUUUCCUGUGCAGUGUCUUCACACUCCCCUCAGCUUGUUUUCCUCUGGAAAUCUGUACUAUUUUCCCCCCACGCUGCCUUUGAAUGCAGCAUACUCAUUUUACGCUGUUGUGUAUGUCCAUUUAGGUCAGGACACAAUGAUGGUGCUUGCUGUCUAAACACACACACACACACACACAAAUAUCUGUGUGGCUGCAGCCUUUAUCCCUGGCAGGCUGGGUGAAGACACUUUGUCCUCCAAAUGUUUUCUUUGACUUUCCGAUUCCAAACAUUUUAUAUUAUGUUAUCCAGUGUAGCUAAGUCUCCGAGCCCAGAAGCUGAAUAAAGCUAACACAGGCAAACUUCAAGCAAGCCAUCAACGCAAAACACAGCCAGCCAGCUAUUACAUUAUUACUGACUAGUCCAACAGCAAGAAGACCAGCUCAGCAUCUAUCCUGCAUCCUUUCAGCUCUUUUAGUUCACUUAGACCUACAAAUGUUUAUGUAAUACUGUGCAGAAAUAUGUAUUUGACAGUAUAGAUACCUGUUGUCAUUUCUGAAUGUUGGAGUUAAUGGAUGCCUCUUUAAAGCGACUAAAGUUGGUCUCUCUCAUGGUCAACCCAUGGCUGGUCACGUGAUCAGUGAGUACAGCCCUGAUCUCACUAGUCCUUUCCUAAUCUUUCUGCCCUUCCAACUCUUUCUCCUUCCUCUUUAUCCUCAUCCCCUUGCUCUCUUUGUAUUGUUAGCAUCCAUUGCUCAAAGCAGUUAAAGUGACCUUUGGGCUAUUUAUAGGCCUAUACUAAAGCAGUGAAUGCUUAGUGAGGAGUGCAUGUGUGUGUUGAUUGGUUGUGUUUGGAAAAGGAAAGGUUUCAGAAAUCGUGUGAAAUGUCUAGAUUUUGUGUUUAAGCAGUUGUUAAAAACUGACCUGCAACAUGUUCUUACUCCCAGAUAGUCAUCCUGACAGUAAUAACAUUUGGAUUAUUAUGAGGGUGUGUGUGGAUGAUGAAGAGUCAGCUGUGUUAGUGGCGUCACUGUUGAUGCAGUCACAGUCAUGUGUCAUCUGGCCUGGUUGUCUGAACCAGCCAGUGUGAAAGCAGGAUCUUGUGUCCUGAGACCUGACGUAACAUUACUGGAAGAAAAUGUACUAAUUCAACCAACUGGCCGCUCCACUGCUGCUCUUAUGCAAGAACUGGUCUGUCUGUGGGGGGGAAUCAAAUAAAAAUAAAAGUUUGUGUAUCCAUGUGCAUGGAAAUGUCCUGGAAAUAAAAAUAAAAAAAAUUAUACACAGCA